UAAAAGAUGGGCAAAAGUGUCUGCUGGUUUUACAUAUUGGUCAAGAUCAAGCUAUUCCACAUUAAUGGACUCUACUGUUGAGGAUUACAGAACUUCAACUUCCUCUUGGAAAUUUCAUGCCAAAAACUAAGCAAAAUAGUAAAGGAUGGGCAGUAGAAUCUCAUUUCAGACCUUUGCAUGUCCUCUGUGCACCUGUAUCACAAUCCAAACUUUGGAAUUUUAGAUAUGACCGACAAAAAAUAGACACGAGCACCAUCAUGUCCAAUUCCGUGUUGACCUCAUCAGCACAUACCCUUGGAUUUUGCUCAAAUACUACUUGUGUUGAUUCCUCUGCUUUAUGUUAUCGUAUGUUUAUGAGGUCUUUUGACUUUUGAUCCAGUCUUUCUUCUUGGUCUUAAUUUUUUGGAUCCAGUCUUUCUUCUAGACCUUUGGUCCACAAAAUUUCCCAACUGAUUUGCUUUACUUCACCCACCUCGUUUUGGACACACUGCGAUUGAUCUCAUCAACCUUACCGUAUUAUUUAAUAUCAGUAAAUUUGAUCCAUUAUUUGCCCCACUGAAGUUGAGGACUUCAGUUGGGCUGAGGGUGACUCGUGAACUGUUUAUAACUGUCCUUCCAAUCGCAUGCUUUUGACAAAGAAUUUUGAAGUCCUCAACGGUUCAUGAGUCACCUCAGCAGAUUAUGUUUUGACAGGUUCUUGCAUCCUGUAUCAGUUAUGACGCAUUAAAGAAAUUAUCAGAGCUUUGUCAGUUUUCUAAGCUCUGGUCUGUCCCUCAUGUUUCUAUUUUUAUUGUUUUAUAGGAAAAGAAAUGAUAGGCAGAAAUUUGCAAAGCAUCCACUGAAGAUAGUGCAUUCCUCCUGGGUACUUCGGAGAAAUGUAUUUCCGCAACAGUUAUUUUUGUUCAUCACUCCUUUCUUGGCUGGAAGCCCUGCCAAAAAUAUUUCUUUGAGACAGUUUCAAGUUCUGACAUAUUCCUAACUCCCUCAUUGAACGUAUUGCAUCGCACCAAAUCUCUUAUUUAUUUGUCGUUUAAAUGGUCAUGGGACUUCCAAUUUUUAUACUGAAUAUAAGAACCUCACAUGGCGAAAUCUAAGUGGAAUAUAAUAUUCAUAGUUAACUCAUUCAAAGCUUCUUUUAUAUUGCCGGAUCAAUGUUUGUUAGAGUGUCUAACUCACAUGUCAUGACUUCCUCUGGAUAUUUUACUUCUGAUUUCAAUUAUAUACUUUGUGAGCUUGAAUUUUUGCUUGACUAUAGAAGCUUGAUCACUUGUUCACCGGCGAACCAAGCUGUGAUCAAAUCCUAGUUAGCUCUGAGGACAAUUAAAGAGGAGAGCUUUUCUAAUUUCUGCAACGGUUGGAUUAUGUGCAUGGACUAAUUUUUUUACACUUUAGUUCGCAAUGGGAUUGAGACCCUAAGAGAUGCGUCAAGAUGCUGGUUGCAGCUGAUAUUGAGUUUUACGCCAUUUCACUCUGUAAAAAGCAUGGCCAAAAUAAACUUUUUAUUCCAUUUCACUCUGUGAAAAGCUUGGCUGAAAUAAAAAUUUUAUGCUGCUAAUUUUCGGGUGCAUUGUUUUGGUGGUAACUUUUAAGCUACACUUUUCAGCAAAAAAGAAAAAUGCUAAGCUAUAUAAUUACGAACGCGUCAUGCUAUUCUAGUUAAAAAAAAAAUGUUUGGACAGUGCUAAUAUGUAUAACUAAAUAAAAAGCAUGUUAUGUGCACCUCUUGAGAUGAUCAUACUGGACACUUAAUUGCGCUUUCUUGCAAAUUCUUGUAAAAAUAUAAUGUUAACCAGUGUACAUAUGGUGAUGAAGUCCUGAUUCACUGAAUCAUCUAACAGAUUUACAGCCGAAGUGGUGGUGGAGGAGCUGUGGUUCUUCUCUUCCACAAGUUUAUCUCUUUUUUGGGCUCUAGUACCAUUUCAUUUCUGCCAAGCACAAUGGGUGCAGAAUGCGGUAUGAUCUUCUUCUUCACCCCUUCUAUUUCUUCGUCAUCCGAACAAUCUGGAACCACUGCUGCACCGUGAUCCCUCCAGUCGAAGUUGGUCAGUGCACCGCGUCCACUUGCAAAUUUCUUCACAUUGGCCAGGGAGGGCAUUUUCUCCAGACCCAAAGGCUUACUAUUGUCAGCAACAUCAGAUUUUUGCCCCCGUUUUGCCACCUUGAAGAGCUGAAAUUUUGUAGAUGUUCCCGGGCGUCAAAGCUUCCAUUCUUCAGUCUUCUUCUUGCAUCCUUCGGGAUUAUGGACGCAGCAGGAACCGAGAGCGCUUUCCCGGGAGUGGCCUUUCUGGGACUGAUCGGCGGGCUCUGGAAGGUAACUGCUGGCGCCGUUUUUGGCAGAAACUUGAGCAGCAUGCCUUUCAGUUUCGAUGGCUUCCCCUUCUCCAUUAUUUCUUCAUCAUCGUCGUCUUCAAUGCCGUCGAUCUACACAUGCAAGGAAUGUGGGCCCAACCUCCACCUCAGCACCCUCCACCUCUACCCGCCGGACUUCUGCUUCGAGGCCGAGAACAAGGACUCCCUCUCCUUCUCCUCCGUCGACGCCUCCAAGUUCCGGUUCGAGAAGGAGGACAAGAUCAGGCCCUUCUUCGAGACACUCAACCACUGAGGCAUCCAGUGGAGGCGGACCACAAUCAUUUGCAACCCCUGCGGCCGCAUCAUCGGUAACGUCUACAACGAUGGGCUUCCAAUGACAGACAGUCCGGGGCAAUUCCACAUGGGGCCGAGUCUGGUGAUCCCUAGGGCUCCGAGAUAUAGGUUUAAGAACAAAGCUCUUUUGAAAUAGUUUGUUAUCAUAAGAGAGGUAACUCUUGGUUAAGAAAAGAUGCGACUCUUGGUUAUGAAAAUAGGCGACUCUUGUUAUGAAAAAAGGUUACUAGUGGUUAUGAAAGGAAGUUAUAAGGGUAAUG